CCUUUCCUAUUGGUCUACUAGGAUGCAUUGCCUCCAGAUUCUUCUCCUAUUGGUCCUCCCGGCCUUCAGCCACGCCUCCCCUAAUCCCUUACUGAGCCAGCACUGGGAAAUGUGGAAGAAGUUCCACCAUAAGGAAUACAGCAGCCAGCGGGAGGAGGGCGAGAGGAGGCUGAACUGGGAGACGAAUCUGCGGCUGACGGAGCUGCACAACCUCGAGGCUUCGCUGGGCCUGCACUCCUUCACCAUGGGACUCAACCACCUGGCUGACAUGACGCCGGAGGAGGUGGACGCCAGGCUGAACGGGCUCCUGGUGCCCGAGGACCUCGAUGCCAACCUGACCGUGGCUCUGCCGCUAGAUGGCGCCCUUCCGCCGACGGUCGACUGGCGGAAAAACGGGCUGGUGUCUGACGUUAAAAGCCAGGGCUCGUGCGGCUCCUGCUGGGCCUUCAGCUCGGCCGGGGCGCUGGAGGCGCGGAUGAAGAAGCGGACGGGCCGCCUGGUGUCCCUCAGCCCGCAGAACCUGGUGGACUGCAGCCGGAGCUACGGGAACCACGGCUGCAACGGCGGCUACCUCUCCAAGGCCUUCCAGUACGUCGUCCAGAACGAGGGCCUGGACUCCGACAGCUUCUACCCCUACGAGUUCAAGGAAGGACAGUGUCGCUACUCGGUUAAGGGCAGGGCUGCCACCUGCGCGGGGUUCCGGCUCCUGCCCUUCGGGAACGAGAUGGCUCUGCAGGCGGCCGUCGCCACCACCGGGCCUGUAUCUGUGGGCAUCAACGCCCAGCUGCCCUCCUUCCAUAACUACAGAGGAGGCGUGUAUUACGACCCCCAGUGUAACAGCGGGAAGGUGAACCACGCUGUGCUCGUGGUGGGGUACGGCACCGACCAGGGGCAGGACUACUGGCUCGUGAAGAACAGCUGGGGACCUUACUGGGGCGAGAAGGGUUACGUCCGCAUGGCCAGGAACCGGCAGAAUCAUUGCGGAAUCGCUUCGUUUCCGGUGUUCCCCACGGCGUGACUCCUGACGUAAUAUCGUCUCCGCACACUGUGUGUGGUUAACGUCGAACUCGGCCUCACCCUGGUUUCUGCACUUAAAACAGCUCUGGAAUGAAUUAUUGCUUCUAUCUUCGUGUUCUCUGUCACUGUGAUCACAAUUCUGACUGUAUCAUCGCCGCGAGGAGAGAAUGGGGGAAACAGGCAAUCUGUUCUUGUUUGUCUACCAGUUACCCCUAAAUACCCCCUACAGAGACCACGGGCACUUGUGAUUUCCGUACAGCGCAGUUCUGCGCGAAACCUGCUCGUGUAGGUGUGCAGUGUAGCUCCCCAAUGGGGACACACGGGGGCGCCCUAAUGUCACUGAUCGGCCAGUCAGCCAGCCAGCUGUGCACCGAGAGCUUGCAAGCUGAGCGGGAACAAACCUAAAAACAGUUUGUGAACAUCUGGGUAACUGUCUCAGUUUGGAUUUUCAGCACAAUCUAAACGCGGGCGGCCAGCCCUAGGUACCCCGAAUCCAUUCCCCUGCAAACUUUCGUCCAGCGAACCCUUAAUUACCAGUUAACCCUUAAUUACCGAAGUGCGCUUCGACUCCCGGGUUAGUUACAUGAUUAUACAGUUGCAGCGGUUUGUGUUCUGGAAGAUCGUGGGUUCGAAUCCGCGGUGACACCCUGCUGUUGUAACCAGGAGUACGAUACUGGAUCCGGGAUGUUUUAGUAAAACACGCAGGAAGGAGAGACACAGAGGUGGACGCACAUGUCAGUUGCGUACGAUAUCAGCGCCAGUCUGAUACGCCCGUAAGAAGCGGCAGGAUGGAAUGUAUACUUGCUUAUGCUUGAUCUAAAUUUCUUCAGUUCUCGGCCUGGGUCCCCCAACACCUGCUGGGGUCUGUUACGGCUCAGCUCUCAGUCACACAACUGGGCCUUUUGACCGUUAACGGGUUUCAUCUGAACAGUUUCUGACCGUUUUCAUCUCCUAAACGUGCGGGACUUUGCCUUUUAACUACCGAAGCACCGUGAAAUCACGGGCUUCUGAGCGGAAUUAAAACUUGCACAUGUCGCAACCAAACCACCUUUUAUUUAAAUUAAGUAAAGAAAACCCGGAGGCGUGACGCGUGGGCCUCCCGCAGCAGGACUGGGGAACCGCUGAGACAGCGUGUGCCGGUCUCGAGUGGAGGCGCCCGCGCAACUGGGCGUCAGCCCACCGCGCUGUCAGAAAGCCCACCAGACACCGCUGUCCAGGGCCUGAUCUCACCCCGCUCAAAAGCUCUUCAUCGCCCACGUGGCCGUGUUUUGUACCUGCAGAUUUCCACUGAUGUGAAAUACCUCCGGCAGGACCGGACGGAUGGAUGGAUGGAACACGCUGUAAGGGUUAGGGUCUAAAUGACCGUGCUUAAACGCUGCGGGGUCCAGCGCAAUGCGUUCACUCAGUCCCAACUGUGCUUCUAAUAUCCCGGUUUUAUUGUCCCAGUCCUGCUUCUGGGCUACCCCCGUGUCUCCUGGUUUUCCCUUCCUAGCGAACAGUGUUAGUCAGGCCCAUCCAGCCCGGGAGGUAAACAGUAAAUGUUGAGCCCCCUUUCCUCUCGCUCGUCUGUUUCACUGAUGUGUCUGAAUUCACUCAUGUCGCCCCGGCAGCGCGGAGAGCGCUCAUUUCGGGGGUAACUGGGGGUGGGUCAACCCCACUUCCGUGUGAACUUGCCCUUGUUCUUCGAUAAAACAAUAAAAACACCCUCUGAAAAACUC